GAGACCAUGUAUUCAGUGAGUCCCCGGCCACCCUUUUUGCACUGUCAACAUGGCUCCGAGAGGUACGAUCACCCUGACGGCCCUUCUCCUCUGCUUCAUACUGGGGAUACUUUGUCCAGCUCCAGCUGAAUGUGCCCGUACAUCCUGCUGUACCAGCUACAGUAAGACGCCCGUGUCCUUCAAUCGCAUCAAGGGAUACAGAGAACAACGUAACUGGGAAAACUGUCGCAUCGAGGCGAUCAUUUUCUACACGGUUGCAAACAGGCAGAUGUGUGCCAAUCCGAAAGCUGAAUGGGUGAAAAAACUCCUUGAACAACUCAGCGCAAAACUGAAGAACAUGUCCAAGGGUGGCUCAGUGAAGAAAACUGGAAACGCUUCAGGUCGUGAUGGAAGUGGAUCUGACCUCACUGCAACAGAGGCUUUCACUGCUUAUUAGCAAAAACCAGGUGUCACCUUAGACAGCUCGAUGUAAAGAAAUCGCCAUGCAGAAUUAGCCAGUGUGCCUAUACAUUUGUUAUAAAGAUACUCAAGCAUUUAUAAUCAAGUUAAUGCUGAGGGCACUGUCCCUUGAAAAACUGAAAAAAUGUGUAAUGCCUUUGCUUUACUUUUCGCUCUUAACUUCUUCAGCCUCAAGUCUAAAUUCAGUACUCCUGUAUUAAGACUGUAUUAAGAACAGAUUUGAGACAAAUGUUGUUGAUUAUUUGUUCAUUCUCUCAAUAAAUUUUUACAAUAA